AUGUCUUCACUUCUGGCGCUGGCUGAUAUCCCUACUGUGGAACGUCUGUACCGUGCGAAGCGGCUCCUUCCUGUGUCCUCAAAAUUUCCACCAUCCCAGUCUCUCAACAACACUAUCUCUAUCAUCCGCAAUGACAUCACCAAGCUCCAAGUGGACUGCAUUGUGAACGCUGCUAAUGAGUCUCUCCUCGGAGGCGGUGGCGUGGACGGUGCAAUCCACCGAGCGGCAGGUCCCAAGCUAGUUGAAGAAUGCUACCAUCUUGAUGGAUGUGACACUGGCGAUGCAAAGAUCACUUCCGCCUAUGAACUGCCCUGCAAGCGUGUGAUCCACACAGUCGGCCCAAUCUACCAAAACGAAGACGACCCCGUCGCGCUCCUUCGAUCCUGCUACCGGCGCAGUCUGGAAUUGGCAGUCGAAAACGAUAUGAAGAGUAUUGCUUUUGCCGCUAUUAGCACCGGAGUCUACGGCUAUCCCAGUCGAAACGCCGCUGAAGAUGCCAUCAAAGAAGUGCGGAAAUUCCUCGUUGGACCUAACAUCGGAUUGCUGGAGCGUGUCAUCUUCUGCAACUUUGAGCCCAAGGAGGUGACCGCCUAUGAGGAAUUCAUUCCCCAGUAUUUCCCUCCCACGCAGGAGGACCUGGCUGAGAGCAGCGAUGCUUGA